CAUAUUUGAAUGAUUUUUUAAGGAGACGAGUUUCCUUAUAAGGAGUGAUGUCAAAAUUAUCAGAUGAUUACUUGUUUGUUGUGGCCAUAGAUUUUGACACUACGUAUUCUGGAUAUGCUUUCUCCUCCAGAGACGAUUUUAAAAGGGACCCUCUAAAAAUUGUUGCCAACCAAGCUUGGAAUGCUGGAAGUCAACGACACUUAUCCCUUAAGACACCAACGUGUUUACUCUUGGAUAACAACGAAGAGCUUGUAUCAUUUGGAUAUGAGGCAGAAAAUAAGUACGCCGACAUAGUCCUUGACGGACAGCAAAAUGAAUAUUUCUUUUUCCAACGCUUUAAGAUGCAACUAUACAAGAACAAGGAUAUCAAAGGGGAAAUGAUAAUAGAAGAUGUCACUGGAAAACCACUAACGGCUAUGAAGGUUUUUGCAAAAUCUAUCGAAGCUCUUAUGCAGCAUUUGUUUGAUAUUUUUGAUCAAAGAGGAAAAGAAAUAAAAAAGACUGAUAUUCGAUGGGUUUUGACAGUUCCUGCAAUUUGGUCGGAUGCCGCAAAACAAUUCAUUUGGAAAAGUGCAGAAUUAACUGGAUUUCCAAAUAAUCAGCUUCUAAUUGCACUGGAACCAGAGGCCGCUUCUUUAUACUGUCAAGAUCUUCCGAUAGAAAGGCUACAAGGCGCCGAAAAAGGUUACUGUAUGACUGAAGAUGGAACACGGUACAUGGUUGUAGACAUUGGAGGUGGAACGGCUGACAUCACAAUUCAUCAGAAAUUAAGCAAAGGUAACCUGAAGGAAAUUUGUAGAGCUUCAGGAGGAGAUUGUGGUGGUAUUUCAGUAGACAACUCGUUCUACCAGAUCUUCAUCAAACUUCUAGGAGCCCCUCUCUUGAAUAUUAUGAAACGAGAAGACCCAUCUGCGCAUUUAGAUAUUUUUAGAGAACUUGAAGCUAUCAAAAGAACCGUUGAUAAAACAAAUCAGGAUAAGGUUACUAUGGCAAUCCCUAGAGCAAUUCUCGAUGAUAUUUGUAAAACGCAUUUGCAUGAAGACUUUGCAGCUGUUAUCGAAGCUUCGCCAUACAAAGAUAGAAUGAAAGUACGAUAUGACAAACUAAGAAUUGAAACAGAUUUAAUAAAAAAUCUAUUUAAAGAAGCAUCUCAAAAAAUAAUACAGCGAAUCGACGAGGCAUUGAAUGAUAAAAAUGCAGGUUUUGUAUCAGUGAUUCUAUUAGUCGGUGGAUUUUCUGACUGUAAGAUAAUCCAAGAUGAAAUAAAAGCAAAGUUUCCAAAAAUGAGAGUGAUAGUACCGGAAGAAGCUGGAUUAGCAGUGUUAAAGGGGGCAGUGCUGUUUGGUCAUAGACCCGAGCAGAUUGUAUCGCGAAUUGCCAGGUACACAUAUGGUGUCCAAUAUAGACCCCGUUUCAUUUCAGUAAUCCAUGAACCUGCACGACAAGUUGACACUCAUGGAAUCUCAAGAUGUAUUGAUGCUUUUGACAUUUUCGUUAGGAGUGAUUCAGAAGUAAAGUUAGGAUCAAAGAUUAGGAAAGAAUUUUCCACUGUAAGAGAGUUCCAGAGCUUCGUAUCCUUCCCAGUCUUUCAAACCAUACAACAAUCUCCAAAAUACACAGAUGAAGACAGUUGUACACAUAUUGCAACGUUACGCUUAGCUAUACCUAAUCCGUCAAGAUAUUUUCGUGAUCUGGAUGUCGAAUUUGUAUUUGGUCACACAGAACUUAAGGUCACCGGAUAUGAGAUGCAAUCUGGAGCGGAAUGUGAAACUGCAUUAGACCUUAUCUAAGUUGUGGGAGACAUUCAUCAGCAUAGUCAAAACUAACGAACUUUCAAUUUCCUGGAAGCUUUUUUUUAAAUAUUAGUCUAUUGUGUAGCCGAUCAAACACGUAUCAAGAUUUGAUGGUACUUAUAUUUGGGAAGUGGAUAUUUUUUUACAAUUCUAUAAGGAUUGAAAAAUUUAACAAAAUUUUCAUUUGUAUAACAUGACUAACUUUAGAUCGCGUCGAGUCUAUAAAAUUCAUUAAUCAAUCUAACAGAUAUCCACAGAUAAAAUACUUGAUACUACGCUUGUAUUUGGCAUUUUAAAACACUGCUGUUUUGCAAACAAAACUAUACAGUUUAAUAACUGUAAAAUAAUACGGUUUCCACUGUUUCCCUGAACACCUUCAAAUAGCUAUAUUCCCUUCAUUUCUUCCUUGGCAUUCAUAAUAUUCUUAAACGUGUAUCAAUCAAAUAAAAAAAAUGAUCCCGUUUAUGUUCACAUACAACAUGUACAAUUUGAAAAGCUCUGCGAGAUGAAGAUAGUAAAACUCAUUGAAAGGAACAGUGUACACUAUAUCUAUUGAAGGAUACAGUUAAAACCUGUAACGUAUACAUUAAUACUGUUGAAUUGAAUAAAAUUGAAUUGUAUAAGGGAAGAGACACAUUCAGUUCAGUUCAAUAUGUUCCUGCCAUCUGAUAUGGUUUGUGACAAAAAAAACUAGAUAAAUUAAUACACUUAAAGGAAUAUCUUUCAAUGCAAAUUGAUAUAUAGAUGGUGUAUAAAAAUCUAUUGUGUAUAUGAAUAGAUUACAGAUGACAAAAAAUAAUAAAAUUAGUAUAAUUA